CAGCAAAUAUGUCAAAAUAUAGUGUUUAUAGGUUAGAUUGACAAAAACGUGUUUUUAAAUGUGUAAAUAAGUUAUUUUUGGUAUCUUUACCUCAAAACUUACAGAAAUAAAUCUGUUCGUUAUUACUUGGCAGGGAUAGAGGAUGAUUUCCCUAGGAGAUCCCAGGACUUCGAACCCCGUCCUAGCAGCCCUUCAGAUAAAAUUGGAGGACCGCAUCAUAUCCGUCAAAGAAAACGGCAAAGCCGACUCCAAUUUCAUACUAACUCACCUCAUCAAACAAAUCCUGUAUGAAAAAAACAAAAUUUGUCUCGUAAACCUCCACAACCCGCUAGACCACUACCAAAAUGUUGGUAAAAAGCUGGGUUACGACCUAUGCAAAGCUCUAAAUGAUAACGCAAUAAAGAUAAUAGAACCUCUAAAUGAUAUUGUAGAUAGCAUAGGAAUCGAAGAAGACUACCUCCAACAAGAUAAAGAGGGUAUCGUUAAGUGCCUUUAUUUUGACAUUAAGAAGAACCUAGAUGAACUAACACAUGGCAGCGAAGGCCAAGCUUAUUUGAUCAUAGACGACGUCAGUCACUUGUUAGAUCUGGGUGUCGACGUGGCUCUUGUUGUUAACUUCGUUAACUACUGCGUCAAUUUGAUCAACAACGAUAAAAUUUCUGUUGUGCUAAAUAGCCAUACGUCUUCCAAGACCGAUGAAAUAAUCAGCAGUAAUUUGCGAUACAUAGCCGAUGUACACGUGGAAGUAUCUCCUUUGAAAACGGGGCAGUCUACUGACGUUACAGGUCUGAUGACCAUUGAGAAAGUAUCCGGAAAAAACCAAUACCAUUAUAAAGCUUUCGAUAGGGGCGUUAAAACUUUUCACCCUGGAGAAUCCAUUUACCAUUUGUACAAGUAGAACGAGAUUUGGAAGCUUGUUUUUUUAUAUAUUUUUUUUGUUACACCACUGGACUGUUGUUAAUUUUUCAUAUAGUAUUUUUACAGAAUUAGCAUAGAUCUUAAAUAUUUUUUUACACAAGGCAGUAUAUUAUUGUCGCUUAUGUUAUGCAGUAAACUAAUAAAAAUUAUAUUAUA